AUGAGCGCGCUCGAACGAGCGGAUGCGGUCCUGCAACUCUCAUCAGUUGCGGAGAACACGCUCAGACAGGGACACCUGCCAUGCCCGCCGUCGGAACUCGCUCGCUUGUGGUGUGGCAGGCUGGCAGAGGAGAUAUGUCCCGGCGACGAGAAGGAGACCCUUCUGCGAGCGCUAAGAUGCUGCAGAUUCACGAUGGCUCACGACAUCGUCAUCUCGACAUGCCAGCCCCUACUUCUCGAAAUCAGCUCUUCCCUCCGACUUCACGCCGCCAGUUGUCUUCUCCAGUACAUUAGCACGUCCACGGGUACUCUCGUUACGGAUAAGACGCCGUCACUUGUCGCAACGAUCGUUCGAGCCCUCGCGCCGCUUCCCCACCAACUUCCGUCCGCGUCGUCCGCCCUCCAUCGCUUCGUCUCGACCUCCUUCCGCAUCAUCUCGGUGUGCAUCGGCAAGACUUCGACGCUCUCAUCCGACGUUGUGACGUCGGUCGCGCAGCUUGUGGGCGGCUGGAUCUACCAGGGCCUUCAGCCUGUGGCAGGAGCAGUCAGUCCUCUUGCGACCGCGCGAGGACGAGUUGCGGGACAAGGGCAGCUGGCAUUCGGUGUCAUGAGCGCAUUCAUGCAGCCUACGCCCUCACCGAGGAAGCGGAAGAACUCGGCUGCCGCAAACGCCAGCUCUCGCGCCUCUUCUGUUUCUCGUCUAGGAGACUCGUCGGAUUCGGAGGAUGAAGCAGGCCGGACAUUCGACCGAAGACGAUACCUUGCCCAAAUCCGCCUCGACGCCCUCUCCUGCCUCCGAGCUCUCGCCACCGCCAGUCCAAGGGCGCUUCACAAGCACUGGUCUCUCUUCCUCGCCGACUCGCCUUACCUGCGCGACCGCCAUACGCUCUUCUCGAUCAUCGAGUCUGACCCGUCGCACUCGAAUCGCUUGCAAGCGUGCUCUGCGCUCGAAGCCUUGCUGGCACAUUCGGCAGCCUACCUGAACAUCGCUGAAGACCGCUCGACGAAGGCGUCCUUCACGUCUCUAUCGGCCAAGCUUGGCGAGACCCUUGGCGAACUCCACUCCUCCCUUGCGUCUCUUCUCUCUCGACCAGUCGUCGCCAAUCAAGCGGACGUCCACCUCGCAUUGCUGUCGUUUGCCGCUGUCUUGGCCGCCAAUUCUCCCUACGGCCGCCUCAAAAAACCGCUCGCCUGGCAACUCGCCAAGUCGUGCCUGCCGCACUUGAGCUCAACCAACACGAAGGUGGUCGCUGCAGCCGCAAACGCCUUGACCAGCAUCGUCUCCCGCUACCUCGCAAUGGCAAGCACGGCGUCAUUCGAGUGGGAGCAGCUGCUGCGUGCUGUCGAGCCGCUCCUCGCCGGAGACGUCGGCGAAGACAGCCGGGCAGCGGGUUGGUCGUUGCUCGCUGCGAUCAUACCUGGCGUCUCUUCCGGCGAUUGGAUGUUCGCGACUCAACUGUUUGAGGCGGGCUUUGCCCCGUCGUCCAUCACCGUGCAAGAAGCGCAGGCUCGCUUCAUCGUCGCGCUCGCCCGCUCGCCUUCGACGUCCAGCACGCCUGACCUACAGAGGUUCGUCGACCUCGCUCUCGCUUCGCCGCACGACACAGUCCGCGCAAUCGCCUGCACCGCCUUGACUUCUCCUCGUCUCGCCUCGUUGUCCGCCUCUUCCGACUUCAAGACCUCGCCUUGGCGCACGGCUUGCCUUCUCGCCGCUCAAGAUCCCUCGACGGACGUUCGCGCAGCCGCCAUCCGCGUCCUCGGCUUGCUGGUCAAAAGCGACGGUCCUGCGGCACCUACUCCCGCUUCUGUGCAGGAGACCAUCCCGACAUUGCUGUCAGCAGUGGAUGAUGGGGUCCGCGAAUUAUCAGAGGGUGGAGGUGAACGGGUGAACGGUGCGAUGUGGACGUUGGCGAAUUGUUGCGAUGUCUUUACUCAGAUUGUGCUGGAUCCCGACGUCUGCGACAACGUGCUGGAAGCGAUUCUGGGUGUCCUCGAGCGCGACACGACUGGCGAGCAGGCUAUUAUCAGCGCCUACCGCAUCCUCGGCUCGUUGUCUGGCGGUUCGGCUGCCAACAUCACCAGGUCCGAGCAGCUCUUCGACCGGGCGGCGAAGGCAGCGGUAGCUGGCUUGGCCCAUCCAGCUGCAAAGGUGCGCUGGAACGCCUCCAUUGCAGCUACCGCGCUCCUACCCCGAAUCCAGGACGACUCGCUCUCGAAAGCCUUGUUCGACGCCGUCAUUGGUGACUCGAGCUUCAAGGUCCGCAUACACGCCUCAACAGCUCUCCUAUCGCCUGCUGUAUCACCAGGACGAUUCCCGCCAGACGCCCUCUCUCGUCUUCGCCCUUCGCUCGACCGCCUCGUCGCCGAGCUCGAGGAUGGUCGUGUACCGCCGAAGGAGAAGCAGCACGCGGAGCAGCUCGUCAAGCGGCUCACCUCUCUCUGCGCACGAUUGAUGACCACCUAG